AAAAAAAAAAAAAAAAUGGCCGAUGAGGUAAGGGAAACAAAUACAGUUGUUGAAGAAAGCGAUGUUAAAGAGGAACCCAAAGUUUGGGAAGUUCUUCCAGACAGCCACCCUGUUGGCAUUAGCAGCGAUGAAGAGGCGCCAAUAGACAAACCGGCGAUCGAGAGCAAUUGGUCAACACCGAUCCUGUCGCUGGCACGGAAGGCGACCGAGACGAUCAGCAGUGGGGUCACCUACGGUGCAGCUUUGAGAAACGCAACAUCGUCGGGAUCUGCCGCUAGCUCUCCUACCAGUCCGACUAAACUAAAGUCUACCGAGAAUGACAACAACACUAACCAAUACCUACCAGUUCUCUCUAUGUCUGUAGCAGUGAAGGACCAUAUGGCUGUGGAGCGCUCCAACCUGUUCAGUAUGAUGAAGCUGAGUAUUAAGGGCCUGAUCCAGUCUUCUCUAAGUUUGGGCAGAACCAUGGACUCUGACUACCCGCCUCUGCAGCAGUUCUUUGUGGUUCUGGAGCAGUGCCUCAAACACGGACUGAAAGUGAAGAAGUCAUUCAUCAAUCAGAAUAAGUCUAUCUGGGGUCCUCUGGAGCUGGUUCAGAAGCUGUGUCCUGAUUCUGCUGAUAUUACCACCAGUGCCAGAGACCUGCCAGGGCUAAAGACUGGGUUGGGUCGGGCUCGGGCCUGGUUGCAUCUGGCCCUGAUGCAGAAGAAGUUGUCUGACUACCUGAAAGCCCUGCUGGACCGUAAGGACAUCCUGGGUGAGUUCUACGAUCCAGGAGCGUUGAUGAUGGAGGAGGAGGGGACAGUGAUAGGAGGGAUGCUGGUGGGGCUAAACAUCAUUGAUGCUAACCUCUGUAUCAAAGGAGAGGACCUGGACUCCCAGGUGGGGGUCAUAGACUUCUCCUUGUACCUGAAGGACCCUAUGACCACUGAGACCACUAAGGAUGAUGCUAAGUUGACGGCCAUAUUGGACCAGAAGCACUACAUCGAGGAGCUGAACAGACACCUGAGCUGCACUGUCACUGACCUGCAGGCCAAGAUGGACUCCAUAGAGAAGACCAACAGCAAGCUCAUUGAGGAGCUGACUGCAGCGACAGACAGGAUUAACUCUUUACGGGAGGAACAGGAAACCCUGAGGCAUGAGAAUGAGACCAUCGUCCAGAGCAGCCAGAAGAAAGAGGAGGCGACCCUGGAGGACAGUGCAGUAGAGCUGGAGACAUACAGACAGACACGGCAGGGCCUGGAUGAGAUGUACAGUGUGGUGUGGAAACAGUACCAGGAGGAGAAGCGCAUCAGACAGGAGUUGGAGAGGGAGCUGGAGCUGCAGGUAGGACUAAAGCAGGAGAUGGACAUGGCCAUGAGGCUGCUGGAGAAAGACACACAUGAGAAACAGGACACACUGCAAGCUCUACGACAACAACUAGACCAGGUCAAAACCCUCAACCUGCAGAUGUUCCAUAAGACACAGGACUGUGAGCGCGAGGCCCAGAUGAAGGAGGAGGAGGAGGGACAACUGGAAGAGAAGAUGAACCAAAUGGAGACCACCAUUAAGGAGAUGGAGCAGAGACUGCAGAACUCUGAGCGUGAUCGUAGACAGAGUGACCAGACAGAGAGAAACAUGAGGACCGAGCUGGAGGGCAGAGUAGACUCCCUGCAGAAACAACUGUCUGACCUGGACACACUGAGGCUGGGUCUGGAGAGUGAUCUGCGCAGUGAGAAGGAGCAGAGACAGGCCAUUCAGAGAGCUCUACAGAGAGAACAGGACAACAGCACUGAGCUACGCACCCAACUACAGCAGAUACAGGGGCUACACACGGAGUUGCAGGAUGUUCGUCAAGAGAAGCAGCAGCUCCAGCAGACCUGUCAGGAUCAGGAGACGGCCUUACAGGACAUGGGCCUACACCUCAGCCAGUCUAAACUGAAGAUGGAGGAUUUCAAAGAGGUCAACAAAGCCCUGAAGGGCCAAGCCUGGCUGAAAGACGAUGAGGCUACACAGUGUAAACACUGUCAGAAGGAGUUCUCUAUCGCUCGCAGAAAGCACCACUGUAGGAACUGUGGAGAUAUCUACUGUAACAGUUGUUCUAAUAAUGAGUUGGCCCUGCCCUCCUACCCUCGACCUGUACGGGUCUGUGACAUCUGCCACUCCCUACUGCUGCAGAGGAGCACCUCUUCCACCUCCUCUUGACACACAAGCAGAUCCUCAUACACACUCCUUCUCAUGCAAGCAAACAGACACUCACACACACUCAAUCUUUCUUCUCUCAAGUCAUUGCAGUGAUCUAGGCUACUGUGCUCAAAGCCCGCAGUACUCUUGGUCAUUGAGAACACAUUUUAAUCCAAUUUGAGCAGGAACAGAUUUGGUGUGAUCUAUAAAGUUCUGUUUUGCCACUUACCUGAAAUUCAGGAUCUUUGGGCACGGUUGACUUUUGAACUGUAGAGGCUUCUACCCUCUUCUUGUGCUAAUACUGCCUUCUCUCUUUUAAACUCAUCUGGGGGGAUUUCACUAAAUAGUGAGUCAGCGGGGCUAAUUGUUCAUUGUUACGAACUAACUCCAUUCCCACCCUCUAAGAUGCCAAAUGAUAGUUGAAGGGAGCCACAGUGUAUUGGAACAUCAGUGUUUGUUGUAAUAUAUGAAUGACCGACUAUGCAACAAUAUCUCAAUUGUGGGAAAAUGUUAGACGAACUGACCUUCAAUAAUAGCAUUGAAAUAGUUCAAGAAAAGCAACGUUGAUUGACUUUAUUAUAGUAAUUUAGAGCAGGAGUUUUUCAUUUAGCUUUGAAAAGGUCUUAGAGCUGAUUUAUAUAGAUAGAAUCAUGUGAAAGUUUCACUUCGUGAGGCAAAGGAACAGAUGACUACAGAAUGUUCUUACCACAUCAUGUCUAUUUUAGAAUGUAUAUAAUGAGUUUUGUGCAUACUAACAGCCAUUUUCUGACCAGUCAUUGGGGUGUGUUUUGAGCAAUGUUUUCUAUCAAGAUAUUUAAUAAAAACUUAUCUGAA